AUGUAUCAAGGCGGCCAAAGACAUGUCUCAGGCAAUGAUCCUGCUCGCGCAUUUCAACUGCCUCCUCCUCCGCCAAUGUCACCGCCCAUGGCCGGCGGUCCCUCCAUGAGCACAAUGAUGAAUAUCCCGCCGCCGCCGCCGAGAUAUCCUGGCGCGCCGCCGGGAGCCGUCAACGGCAUCAUGAUUCCUCCUCCGCCAGGACCGCCGCCGAACAGCACUCUGGGGCCCCAGCAAUCAUGGCACGGGAAUUACGGGAAGCUGUACGAUGGCCGAACGCCCGUGGGCAUUCCGCCGCCUCCCCCUACCGGGCACCAGCAUCUACCGUACAAUCCCAAGUUCCAUGCCCAAAUGGCCGCCGGACAGACGAUUGCCAUGCCCCCGCCUCCGCGGCCAAGCGACGGCAUGGCCAUGGGCGCGACAUAUAUACCCUCGAGAGGAACAUACGGCGAAGGUGUAGGGAUCCCUGGGUUUGACCCCAACGAGUUGGCGAGCACGUCCGGCUCAUACAUGCCGGCCUCAAUGAACACCAUGGACACCACUCACACAGGCCCCAUGGACGACCCCAACUCCCGAGAUCGCUUCUAUCAGUCGAGGAAUCCUUCAAACGCCUCCACUGCCACGGCUGGCAGCACAAUACCGCCCGAGUUGGCAGCCCAGUGGCCGCUUGAUACCGUGCUGAUUUGGUUGGCGCAAAACCAGUUCUCCAAGGACUGGCAGGAGACUUUCAGAAGCCUGAAUCUUUAUGGGGCGCAGUUUCUGGAUCUGGGCAGUCUGCACGGCGGUCGUGGAAAUUUCGGCAUGAUGCACCAAAAGGUCUAUCCGCGUUUGCUUCAGGAAUGUUCCAGCAGCGGUACAGGCUGGGACCAGAGUCGGGAGCGCGACGAAGGAAAGCGCAUGCGUCGGCUUAUUCGAAGCAUCGUCACCGGAAAGCCAGUCGACCCAUCAAAGAUGGUGAGCCCCCAUCACCGGGCAAACUCAGUUGCUUCACACGGCCACAAUGGCAGUGCUGGCUUGGAACCAGUCGAUUCGCCCAACACGCCUUCGGGCUCUACUGGGAGCGUCAAUUUCGCGGGUCAGCGAUUCUCCCAAACCCGAUCCACGACAAUGCCUACCCUCGGCAGCGGCACCAUGAAUUCCGAUUCAAGCCAUCGCUCAGCUCUCAAAUAUAUAGACUCUGAAGGAGGCCGCAAGUUAAGCCCCAUAACAAACGAGAAUGCUGAAGGCGGGACGUUUCGUGGCACCACGGAUAGCCCAGGAGGCAGUCCUGUUCCUCAACAAGUCCUCUUUCCAUCGGCAACGACGCCCGUACUUUCGCCAUCGCCAGCUUCCGCCAAACUUGGCCAUCGCUCUCGUAACAGUACGGAUUCGGUCACCUCAAACGCCGCCAUAUAUGGCUCCGGCGUCCCUGCUGAUGCUGCUGCGAUUCUCAGUCGCGGCCUCAAUCUAGCAGAAGCCAUGUCGGCCUCGCGAAGCCAAGACCGAUCCCAAUACUCACCACUCAACUCUGGUGAUAGGUCAGCCGGGGGAGAUACCUCGGCAUCCGGAAGGGAUUCAAAGAGCUUUCUGAGCUUUUUGUCAAGGAAAAAGAGACAAAGGGAGGAUGGCUCCUUUCCUUCACCCGAUGAGUUCGACUCUCCCGAGUCGCCCAUGUGUGUUCCCAAAUCUCUUGCCGACGUGUAUACCUCGUUGAAUGGGAGUGAUUCUCAACUUGAUCGUCUAGGCUCUGCCUUUGUUGGAACUCACGAGAAAGACCAGGUUGCGAUGUUGGAAAGAUUGAACCGGAGCGGUGGCGUAAGAACGUUCGUGCUGGCUACCACAGACUAUUGGAACUACCGCAUGUGCGACAUCACAGAAGCAGAAUCGGCCACUGCGAUCCGUCAGACUAUCUGUGGAAGCCUGGGUCUAACAGGAUUCGAACAGUAUUCCAUUUUUGCGACGGAACUCGGGAAAUCCGAUCACGCUGAACCUCUCGAUGACCAACAGCUCCUCACUGACAAGCGAGUGAAGGGCGACUCCACUGGAGCCUUGAAAUUCUUUAUAUCACCUGCAAAGAUAUCCUCCGCCACCACUCCAAACUCAGUUCCCGCAUCCCUGUUCCCGGGCUACAUACCUCCCGGCAUGGAUGAAGAGUCGUACAACCGUAGCAGGCAACGAUCAAGCUCGUCACCACCAUCUUCCAGAGCGAAUACGAUCGGGGACAGGAUUGACGAGAAGACGUUGGCUCAAGAAGCCAGCGAUUAUAGGGCAGAAAUCGAGAGGAAACAGCGAGCAUAUCUUGCUAAGAGGAAGGAGGCAAAUAAGAAGGAAAGCCCGACGGCUCCAGACUAUGUGCCGUCCAGUAGCAUCAAGGGCCGCAACGUCGAUUUUGAUCAACCUCGCCCAUCACCAUUCGAGGAUAAGAAACCUGAUCAGCUAUUCCCCCAAAGACGACCACCAGCACCACCUAGCGAUCCAUCUGCGACUCUGAUCAAGGCCAAUUCAUUGAGCAGGAAACCAGGCCACAACUUGAGGAACUCGAGUGGCAGCAUGGACGGGUUUCCAUCUCCUAGACAUCCACCUUUAGCGGCUAGUGGCGACGGUGAGAGUACAGACGGCCAGCGAAGGUCGAAAUACGCAGCGCAACCCGCACCCGCGAGUGGUGGCAUCGGGGCUGCUCUCGUUGGCAUGGGCCGGAAUUUGGGUGCUAUAGGCCAAUCCACCGCCAACGGCCCAAAGGCCACUUCUCCGGGCCGCAUCAUAUCGCCACCAUACUCAUCAGCGGGUAGUGGCAACGCUCAGCAGCAGUCAGGUAAGACGGCUUUGUCCAGCGUGAACUAUGCUUCAACAAGCAACCGUGGGAGAGGCAGUCCAAAGCCAGCAAACGGAUCCCCUGGCUCCGUGACGUGGAGUCCAGGUAAUCUUUCGUUUGUUGUGCCAGACUACUCACCCGGCGGCACCCCCGCGCUAGUUGCUGCAAGAGUACCCUCUGGUUCAAGUGCUAAGAACACUGAAGCAGUGCCGAGGCCUGUGUCACCGGGCGACGUUAGUCCUAGCUCUUCUCAUUCUAAGAGUAGGGGCUCUGCCGACGUUUUCCCCUCGAAGCGAAAGUCGCAUGGGCCGGAUUUGGACUUCAAGGAGUCCGACAUCCAGUUCUCAAAUUCACCAUCCUCCCAGCCGCCUACUCGAGACAUCAAGCCUCCACCUGGCGACGAUAGCGACGACGACUCUAGCGAUGACGGCCUCUUUGCUAUUCCUCUAGCCGGCAGGAAGAAGGAUAAGCCGAGUAGCGACACCGGUACAAACGCUUCAUCGAGUGCCCAAAUGGGUACAGAUACUCGCCCCGUUCUGCAUGUAGUUACUUCACGCAAAGAGAAGGGACGAUCUGUUACUUUUAUGAAAUCUCCUGAUAGCUUUGACAGUAGCAAUGAUGGUGGUGCAAGAACAUCUAGCACGAGAAGAACUCCCGGUACGCCACAGACUGAUACGUGGGAUUCUGACAAGGAGAGCCAAAUCAACCGUCGAAAAUCGUUUAUUGAGAAGGACGUGUGGGCAAAUCGUCCACCAACCGACGACUUGCUGAACAACUUGGAUGAUUUCUUCCCCAAUCUCGAUCUAGACCAGCCCGUCCUUGAAGAUCAUGCAGGCGGGGAUAUCCCUCCACUACCAUCAACGGACUUUGGCGAUGGCAGGAAUAGGUCCAGUUCUGCCAGUCUUGCGUCCAUGACAACACCCGGUCAUUCCACAUCAGGAGCUCCCCCCGUGGCAGUGCCGCCGUCACGCCAGCUCUCAUUAUAUACCAAUGACAAUGACACUUUGGGCUCUGACGAGUCAACUUUGAAGGCUACGGAGCGACCUACAUCUAGUCACGCGGUGGCUCAUCGCAGCAUACAUCGGUCUGGUGGGUUGGGCCGGAUGAAAUCUAUUCGUGAAGUUGCUAGUCAAGCCAACAAGCGGUACACAAGUAUUUCGCAACCUAUGGGUAGCAAGUCGCAGACAAAUUUGAUGCGACGUAAGAGCACCAAGAUGUUCAACGCAAACAUUGUGCAGAUCCGGCCCGAUCAACGGGGAAGCAUGGUAGUGCCGGAUAUUCCUCAGAAUACACUGCCCAAGCGACAGACUACGUUUAGAUGGUUCAAAGGCCAACUCAUCGGCAAAGGUACCUAUGGCCGUGUCUACCUCGGUAUGAACGCCACUACGGGUGAGUUCUUGGCAGUGAAGGAGGUUGAAGUAAACCCCAAAGCUGCUGGAGGAGACAAGGGCAAGAUGCGAGAAAUGGUAGCUGCGUUGGACCAGGAGAUCGACACCAUGCAGCACUUGGAUCACGUAAACAUUGUGCAGUACCUGGGAUGCGAGCGAAAGGAGACCAGCAUCAGUAUUUUCCUGGAGUACAUUUCUGGCGGCAGCAUUGGAUCUUGCUUGAGGAAGCACGGCAAAUUUGAAGAGUCUGUGGUCUCGUCACUGACUCGUCAGACCCUUUCUGGGUUGGCGUACUUGCAUCGCGAGGGUAUUCUGCACAGAGAUCUAAAGGCCGACAAUAUUCUGCUUGAUCUGGAUGGUACUUGCAAGAUUAGCGACUUUGGUAUUUCCAAGAAGACUGACAACAUUUACGGCAACGAUAAAACAAAUUCGAUGCAAGGCUCAGUGUUCUGGAUGGCGCCAGAGGUCAUCCGGUCGCAAGGAGAGGGCUACAGCGCCAAAGUCGACAUUUGGAGUCUCGGGUGCGUGGUACUGGAAAUGUUUGCCGGACGAAGACCCUGGAGCAAGGAAGAAGCGGUUGGGGCCAUCUACAAGAUUGCAAACGGAGAGACGCCACCUAUUCCAGAGGACAUUCAAGAGACCAUUCCGCCACUGGCUGUGGCGUUUAUGAUGGACUGCUUCCAAGUGAAUCCGUUUGAUCGUCCAACAGCCGACGUCAUUCUAUCGCAACACCCAUUCUGCGAGCUGGACCCCAACUACAACUUUUACGACACAGAGCUGUACACCAAGAUUAAGGAUGCAUACAAGAUCUCGUAG